GUUACAUGCAACGCAUUAGUAGCGGAUGAUAUGAUUUCCAUCUAAAAUGAUAAGGUCGCAUCACUUUAUGUUCUUAUAUCUCAAUCGCAGGGUUUAUUAUUUUUGGCAACUUUGAGCCAACAUCACCUCAUUUGCUUCAGAGUAAUAUAAAUUGGCCUUUAUUCCCCAUCAACUCAAUGCGAUAUCUUCAACCAUCUACACUCGAAAUUCUCACACGGCUUCUGCUAUAAAGGUUGCAUCAAAACAAUGGCACCCUCCACCGUUGCUUUUUCUUUGGUUGCUCUCUCUGCUGUCGCCGCAGCUCUCCCUGCGACCCCUGCCAGCCAAGGAUUUUCUCUGCAGCAGGUUGCUGUCCCCAAGGGCGUCGCCCGCCACCCAGCUGCUCACCUUGCAAAAGCCUACUCCAAAUACGGUGCUGCUGUACCUAGCAAUGUUGCUGCAGCUGCAGCUGCCACUGGUUCCGUGACUACCACCCCCGGCCAGGGAGAGGAAGAGUACAUCACCAAAAUCACCGUUGGAGAUGCCACUCUUAACAUUGAUAUUGAUACUGGCUCCGCUGAUCUCUGGGCCUUUUCUUCCUUGACCCCUGCCUCCGAGCGAAAGGGCCACAACUACUACAAGCCCGGUAGCUCCUCCAAGAAGCUUGAAGGCUACACCUGGGACAUCAGCUAUGGUGACGGCAGCUCUGCCAGCGGUGACGUCUACACCGAUACCGUCAAAGUUGGCGGCGUCUCUUUUGACAAGCAAGCCAUUGAAGCCGCUACCAAGGCUAGCAGCGAGUUCACCCAGAACACCGAGAUCGAUGGUCUUCUUGGUCUUGCUUUCAGCAGCAUCAACACUGUCAGCCCCAAGCCUCAGAAGACUUUCUUUGACAAUGUCAAGGACUACCUUAGCAAGCCAAUUUUCGGCGUCCUGCUAAAGCACGGCGCACCCGGUGUGUACGAUUUUGGUUUCACCGACGACUCCAAGUACACUGGUGAGAUCACCUACACCGACGUCGAUGAUUCGGAAGGUUUCUGGUCUUUCACUGCCGAUGGAUACUCCGUUGGCUCAUCCAGCGAAGACUCCGUCUCCGCCUCUGAAUCCGUCACCGGUAUUGCUGACACCGGCACCACCCUCCUCCUCGACGACAGCAUUGUCGACGCUUACUACAAGAAGGUCGACGGCGCCGAGUACGACUCAUCCCAGGGUGGCUAUGUUUUCCCCAGCAGCACCACUCCCCCCGACUUGUCUUUCAAGAUUGGUGGCUACACUGCAACCGUCCCCGGUAAAUACAUCGCCUUUGCAUCCGUCGGAUCUGACCAGAUCUACGGUGGUCUCCAGUCCAACUCUGGCAUCGGUCUAUCCAUCUUCGGUGAUGUCUUCCUCAAGAGCCAGUACGUCGUCUUCGAUUCCGAGGGUCCCCAAAUUGGUUUCGCUGCCCAGAAGUAAGGUGGCAGAAUCCACGGCGAGGGGGUUUGUGGUAGCC